CAGAGAGAACGCAUUCUGCCAGCCCAGCGCCUACAAAUCGCAGUCACUUCCUAACCUCCCCCUUUUUAACAUAUUUGAUCACUUUGAUUCUCUGUCCUCUCUCUUAUUAUUUUUCCGCGCAUGAAGGAGGUUCGGUAGGUUGUGAUCUUUUUGUUUUAUUAUCAGUCCUGCUUGCCGGAGAGUUGACUUCAUAUUUGACUCGAGCACAGGCUGCAACUGCGCGCGGCUGCUAGCGCUACCUCAUCUGAAGAAAAGGAAGAAGCGAUUGUUUUUUUAUUUUUUAUUUUUUUUCCCUUUUUUUUUGCCAGUUGUUGGUUUUCUUCAAGACUUUACGCUGGAACUUCUCGCGUGUCGCAAGUAUCUUUGAAAUCUGCGUGUUUCUGAUCAUCGCUACACACGUGAAGUUGUCUGUCCUGCUCUGUUCGUAUCUUCAUCCGCCGUGUUUAUUUCCUAUUUUUGUCUUGAUGGUUUUACUGGAUGGAUGACUGCAAGUGCCCCUGGACUUGGCCUCUUAGAGCAAGGGUGCUAUUCGGCUUUUCUUUGCUUCGGUUUUAACCACAUGCCAGGUAACGUUAACGCUGUUUCAGUCAAGAAAUAGACUGCUGUUUGUCGUCAGUGCGCAACUUUGAACGGACAUCCAGACUCUAACCGACCGUGCAGAUCCUGAAUUAUUUAUUUCACCUUCCUAAGUGAUUAAGGCACCGUGCUUUUUGAAACAAAGCAUUCCGAAACCAAAAACGGGGAACAAAAAGUUUUUUUUUUUUUUAACGUUGACUGAUAGAUAUGGCAAUGGUAGCGUGGAGAGGCUCCCAGGACGAUGUGGCCGACACCCAGGGCACCCUCUCAUCGCAAGCCCAAGGAGGACUAACCCUUCCAACCCCUCAACCAGGCCAGCUGGGUCUGACGGCCUCUCAGGUUGCCCCUCCGACCCCUCAGACACCCGUUCAAGGACCCCCGAACAACAACACACAGUCCACCCCGACGAACCAGACGACGGAAAAGCAGCAACCACAGCACAUAGAGUGCGUGGUUUGCGGGGACAAAUCCAGCGGCAAACACUAUGGCCAGUUCACUUGCGAGGGGUGUAAAAGCUUUUUCAAACGGAGCGUACGGAGGAACCUCACGUAUACAUGCCGUGCCAACAGGAAUUGUCCCAUUGACCAGCACCAUCGCAAUCAGUGUCAGUACUGUCGCCUCAAAAAAUGCCUCAAAGUUGGCAUGAGACGGGAAGUUUCUCUUUUUACUGCAGCCGUGCAAAGAGGACGGAUGCCACCCACACAGCCACACCAUGGUCAGUUCGCCUUGACAAAUGGGGACCCACUGCACUGCCAUUCCUACUUAUCCGGAUAUAUCUCUCUACUACUACGAGCGGAGCCAUACCCAACUUCUCGGUAUGGCAGUCAAUGCAUGCAACCCAACAACAUCAUGGGCAUCGAGAACAUUUGUGAACUGGCAGCCAGGAUGCUGUUUAGUGCGGUAGAGUGGGCCAGGAAUAUUCCCUUCUUCCCAGACCUUCAAAUUACCGACCAGGUUGCCCUUUUGAGGUUGACCUGGAGUGAGUUGUUUGUGCUCAACGCUGCUCAAUGCUCCAUGCCGCUCCAUGUGGCUCCGCUUCUGGCGGCGGCUGGGCUCCAUGCCUCCCCUAUGUCUGCGGACAGAGUGGUCGCCUUUAUGGACCACAUUAGGAUCUUCCAAGAACAAGUCGAAAAGCUCAAAGCUUUGCACGUUGACUCUGCUGAAUACAGCUGUUUAAAGGCCGUCGUUUUAUUCACUUCAGAUGCUUGUGGCCUGUCAGAUGUGGCCCAUGUGGAAAGUUUGCAAGAGAAGUCCCAGUGCGCUCUGGAGGAGUACGUUCGGAGUCAGUAUCCCAACCAGCCAACUCGAUUUGGGAAGUUAUUACUGCGCUUGCCCUCUCUCCGUACAGUCUCGUCCUCGGUCAUAGAGCAAUUAUUUUUCGUCCGAUUGGUAGGUAAAACCCCAAUUGAAACCCUCAUCAGGGAUAUGUUGCUGUCGGGGAGCAGUUUUAACUGGCCUUACAUGUCGAUUCAGUAGGCAGAAGGAAUGAUCAAAGGGGCUGUGACUACAAUAGUUAGCGCUUCUUUUUGUAGAAGGAAUCGGCUGUUACACGAGUUUACUUUCACGAAGAAAGACUUUCAUACAAUGACUGUGAAUUUUAAAAUUGAGACAUUCAGUGAAGCCUCGAAAUCCAGAGAUUGCUCCCAGUGUCAUUCUGAACCGUUUGUUCUAAUGUUUUGUGUUUGUUUGUUGUUUUUUUGUAAUAAAUGCAAAAAUGAAGAAAUAAAUAACUCACUAAAAUUAAUACAAAAGGAAAAAAGGCAAGACAAAAAAAAAUAUUCAAGGAUUUUCAUAAUCUUUUCGGGGACAAUAAACUUAUAAAGUGCAUUUAAGCGACAAUUUGGAAAGAUUGAGAAGAGAAGGAAAAACUUCCUUUUUUUCCAAAUUGAUUUAAAGUCCUGUGUCCAUGUAUCUAUAGCGGUUAUUUUAUUUUAUUUUAUUUUAUUUUAUUUAUUUUUUGUUCCUCCUUUCUGGUUCUUAACCGGUCUGUAAUUCUGUCGUAUGCAGGUCUCUCUCUCUCUCUCUCUCUCUCUCUCUCUCUCUCUCUCUCUCUCUCUCUCUCUCUCUCUCUCUCUCUCUCUC